GCCGUCUCGAAAUCCAAUGUUCCAAUAUAUCGACAUGAUCCCGGGUGAGAAACGAAUGCAUACAAUAAUUUUGAAGAGCCCGCCUUCUCCCUCUUCGCCCGGCUUAGGACGAUAAUAUCAUACAAUAUUGCCUGACUAGUAGUCUAGGUAGUCUAGGCGGCCAAGGUUGGAUCUGAAUUAAUGGAGGACUCGCACACACCUAGUGCUGGCCACUGGAUCGACACGGUUGUGUGGAUUCUCAUCACCUUCGCUACGACGUUCCUCGGGCUUCGGGUGUUCUGUAAAUUUAAGAGGAGCAAGGGACUUUGGUGGGACGAUUGGGUCUUGAUAGCUUCAUGGGUCGUUCUCAUUGCUUCCGGCGCUCUCACGAGCAUCAGCGUUGCAGCUGUAUUCUUCCAACAUGACCAGGACAGCCAAAUGGGAGUCCACGACGUUAGCCUGCUUACUUUUAUAACAGGAACCCUAUUCUUCAUUGCGGCAAUAUGGAGCAAGACAUCUUUUGCCAUAACACUUAUCAGGAUUGCAGGGCCUCGGUUGAGAGUAGUGCUUCGUAUCAUCAUCAUCUCCAUGAAUGGAAUCACAUGUGUCAGCGUGAUACUCAGAUGGUUGCAAUGCCGCCCAACCACACAGGACAGCGGGAUGUGCUGGAAUAGAGAUCUUAUCCUCGGGGUCACUAUUUUUGCUGCUGCAUAUUCCGCGUUCAUGGACUUCAUCCUGGCCGCACUUCCGUGGCCGAUUAUUAUAAACCUCCAGAUGCAGACGAGUGAAAAGAUAGGCAUAUCCGUCGGUAUGAGCAUGGGUGUUUGCGCGGGAGUAACUGCAAUCAUCAAGUGCACUAAACUUCGAGUACUUAGAAGUGAAGAGUUUGCCGACAACGUUUUUGAACUCUCGAUAUGGUCUAUAGCAGAGGUUGCCACUACUAUAAUGGCGGCGUCGAUCCCAGUGCUCCGCGCACUGGUGCAUGAGGCGACAGGAACUAGUAGGCGCCAUGGUUGGCCUGUCGUCUAUAUCAGAGAUCAAUAUCGGAGAAUAGCGAGCCGGGUGCGCAGCAUCAAUGCCUCGUCAGUAACGCGUGUUCGCCUUGAGGCAGCAGACAUACGUGGCGUUACGGUGAGCGAAGACAAGAUCCAGCUUGAUGCAACCAAAACGAAUGGCCCUAUAUUGAAGACGGAGGAGUUCCAUGUCGAAUUUGUGGGCACGAGACCUGAUGCCGGUAUCGACAUCGAGUUAGGAAGAAUUCCUCCAUCGUAUUCGCCGUGGGUAUGAUGGCAUGCCCGCCUUAAGGGGAGGUGGAUCGGUCAAUAUGCUAACCGCUAGGUAAUGAAUGAUGAGGUGGCCAUGGCCAUAUG